CUCACUAACAACGCCAAAUUAAAACACAGAGUUGGAUUAAAUACGCUCAAUGUAAACAUAUCACAACUCUACGUUAAAACAGUACGUCGUAAAUCUUUACGUUAACUGCGUUUGUUAGUGUACGUUCCGAACGUAGUUGCUGUAGUUUCUCUUCGCGCAUGCGCAAAGUGCAGCUAGUUUAACUUCUGACAGAGCCUUCAUGAAGUUCCUUUUUAAGUGUUGAUAAUGUUUUCUUCUCGAGGCGUGCAAAGAAGCAACGUCCUCAUUCUGAAAAAAUCCUGUCUCCCACUUCAAGUGAAAACCUCCGCUGAUUCAAUGAAGUUCUCGCAGUAGAAUACUCGCCGUCAUCACUGUCUUCACCAGGAUUUAACUCUGUUCCAAGUUGCCUGAAAUUAGCAUGGCUAACAAAGAUGGCGGCAGAAAGUGAAUGCCUGAACCCAAUCUCGUCUGCAGUGGCAGCUAGCAUGCUCACUCCAACAUGACCUGUGUCAGAGUGUUCCUGCGGAAACCCCAUGCCAGCUCCCUCGAGACAUCGUCUUUCCUCCUCAGUACCCAUGGUCAGCUGAAGCUGUCAAUCAUCCAAGAGAAGGAGGGAUUUGUCGUUAGUGUUUUAGAGGCUAGAGGUAUGGUUGCAGAGUGCAAGGGGCCAUGUGACUCUUAUGUAAAGGUGGGCAUGUUCCCGGACAGUGAUCCUAGAGAGAGGCAGAAGACUCGGAUGGUUCCCCACUGCAGGAACCCUGUCUUCUUGCAAACCUUCUACUUUGUUAUCAGUGAAGAGGAUCUUCAUAAGAGACUGCUCUUCACAAUGUGGAACUCUGACUCCACAACAAGGAUGAGUGUGCUGCUGGGUUGCAUGAGCUUUGGAGUGGGUUCCCUGAUGGACCCAGACAAGGAAGUUCAAGGAUGGUACCACCUUCUCGGGGAAGAGCUGGGAAGGACGAAGCAUCUGAAAGUGCCCACACAACACAACUGUCACAACACUGAUGAUGAGCCUCAACGAGGGAUUAAGAGAGGGUAA